GCAUGAACGCAUUGCGUGACUACGAGCCGUCCGUCUGCACCACUAAUUCCUACUUACUUGCAGCUCGCAUUGCAGUGCAGCGCAGCUUGCAGGCUUUUGCAAGGGCAUAGUUGAGACCACUCUCGGUCCUUUUUUUUGAUAAGGUAUCGCCGUUGGUGGUGUGUUGGGAAACGUCUGAACGGUGAAGACUGUGCGAGAACAAGUGCCGAGGUCACGAGCACCUCUCUUCCAUCAACAGCAGCGGCGAAGACAUGGCAGAGGGAAGGAAGGAUGCCGUGGUGCCGUUUUACUAUAGCCAUGUGUGGAAGAAUGUGCUUCUACUGGCUCUGAGCGCUGUUUGCGCGCCUGUGUCGGCAGCGCUGGUGUUGCUUGGUGUUGCAGUGUCGCGACUCCAGGGGCAGCACAACGCAACCUUUUCGAACGAGGAUAAGCAGCAUGUUGCGGCGGCACGAAGACGGAAAACUAUCCUCGUCACUGGGGUGUCCAUGACCAAAGGUCUGACGAUUGCGCGCAAUUUGUCGCAGCAUACACCGCAUCGCAUCAUUGGCGCCGACAUCUCUUCUUUCUCGCCAGGUCGCUUCUCCAGCGCUAUUGCGAAAUACAACCGUCUGGACACACCGAGUGGCGACGAUGCAGAGCCAUACAUUGACUCCAUUCUCUCGAUCAUCCAGCGCGAGAAAGUGGACCUAUGGAUCAGUUGCUCCAGCGUUGUCGCAGCCGUAGAAGAUGGCCAAGUCGUCCGCCUAGCAGAGAAGCAAGCAAGAGAACAAGGCCGCCAUUUCGAAGCCAUCCAGUUCCGGGAAGACGUUGUCGAAAAGUUCCAUGAAAAGGACAAGUUCAUCGACUACAUCGAGUCGCUUGGUCUCCCGAUCCCGGAAUCGCACCGCUGCACCAACCCACAUGAAGCGCUCGAUGUACUCAUGGGUGAGCUGCACAGAACGCCAACGAAACCAGGAAGAACGGUACCAAGACGACAGUUUAUCAUGAAACCCAUCGGUGUGGACGACAAGGCCAGGAACAACAUGAUGACGCUGCUGCCAUUCAAUACCCCAGACGCCACAGCCAAAUACAUCCACUCGCUCAACAUCACUAAAGAGAAUCCGUUCCAGCUCCAGCAAUUCAUCAAGGGAAGCGAAUACUGUACGCACGCCCUCGUCAUCCGCGGAAAAGUAAAAGCCUUCACCAGCUGCCCCAGCCUGGAACUCCUCAUGCACUACGAGCCGCUGCCUGCCUCGUCGCCCCUCAGCAAGAAGAUGCUCGGCUUUACCGAGCGCGUGUGCAAGGACGGCGGCGAAAGCUUCACUGGCCACCUAAGCUUCGACUUCUUAGUCGAGAACGACGAUAAAGGCGCAGCCGCCAAGUUCUACCCUAUUGAAUCCAAUCCGCGCGCCCACACGGCCGUCGUGCUCUUUGAGCAAACUCCCGAAAUGGCAGAAGCUUACCUCUCCAUCUUCAACAGUCCUAACCCCUUGUCGUCGAAACACAAGACUGGCCCUGUCUUCCCUCGCUCCCCGACGUACAGCUACUACUGGAUCGGCCAUGACUUGGUGUCUCUUGUUAUCCUGCCACUUCUUGAUUUACUGUUCGGCGCCGCGACAUUGCAGGGUGCUUUUAACGACUUAGCGACGUUUUGGAGUCAUGUUGUCGGUUGGAAGGAUGGGACGUAUUUGUUUGAAGACCCUCUGCCGUUUUUCGUUUUGUAUCACGUCUAUUGGCCUGCGAAGUUUUUGGAGGCGUUGAGGACAGGGAAGGCGUGGAGCCGGAUUAACGUUAGUACUACGAAGAUGUUUGAGGGAUGAGUAUGGCGCGAUGUGGGUCGGACUGUAGAAGAAAACGGGUUGAUGAGGGGUUACUGACAGCGUAAUGAGCGUUCCGAAUGUGUUUGUAGACCGUUUGUGAAGAGAAUUUGUGCCAUUGUCUAGACGUCUUAGCUGGCAUCACAUCGCACUGCUAUGCUAUGCUGUCUCAAAAGUACGAAUCUACGCGACCGCAACUCGUUAUUCGUGAAUCCCUCUUUACCAAGUACUCUCCUUCCCCCUCAGUCCAAACUCACAUCAGUCU